GCCAUGAAGUUCAUAAUGAAGGCCGUCUUCUCACAGCAUUGGUUAAAUAUAUGCAAGGAAGUCAAGACCAAUCACAAUUCAGUAUGCAAAUAGAUGUUUAAAAAACAAUUGCAGUUCCAUGACAUCAUCAAGGUCAGUUACAAUUUGAAUGCUGGACAUUGUAUCAAUGUAAGUCAAUGAGAGAUUUUAAACUUUAAUCUUAAUUGAUCAAAAAGUCUAAUGUGUGCUAAAAAUAAAAAUAGAUAGCACACCUAAUGCUGAAGUUUGAUUGGAGUUUAUGUUGAGCAGUUAGGGCUGAGUCAAUCACAGACAUUUUAUAGGUAACACUUUACAAUAAGGUUCAAUUUGUAAACAUUAUUUAACAGCAUUAUUUGUCAUGAACUUAUUAAGCAUGUAUUAAUCUUAGGUCAUUUAAAUUUUAAUAUAUACUAUACAUUUUUAAAAUCAAAAUGUGUAUAUGUUAACAUUAGUAAAUGCACGAUGAACAAACUAAUAAUGAACUAUUGCAUAUUUUUUAACUAACAUUAACCGAGAUUAAUAAACUCUGUAAAAAUAUAUUGUUAAUCGUUUGUUCAUGAUACCUAAUGCAUUAACUAAUGUUAACAAAUGGAACCUUAUUGUUAAGUGUUACCAUUUAAUACUUAUAUCAAUACCGAUAAACAGUACAAUUCUGCAAAUAUUUGUGUCAUGACGACCUGAAAAGGUUGAACUGGGCAAAAAUGCAAUUUGAUUUUAACUUAAGGUAUUGUUUGUUAUUUAUUUGAGCUGUUGUGCAUGUGUUGUCUUGUUUAUCUCUUCGUAUGGGGAUUAAAAUUUCCUGAAUAAAUCUAAAGUAUAAAUCUGAAAACCUACAUUGUGGGGGGAACUUAUUAUUAAAUAAUGUCUUAAUUUAUUUGUUAAAAUGCCACAAGGUGUCUGCAAGUGAUAGGGUUAGAGUAAGUAAUUAUAUUUAUCUUAAUUUAAGAGCAGGAGAAGUCAAUGGGAGGUCCCCACCAUUAUUCAAAACACGACAUUUGUGUGUGUGUGUGUGUGUGUGUGUGUGUGUGUGUAUGUUUGUGUGUAUGUUUGUCUGUGUGUGUGUGUGUGUGUGUGCGUGUAUGUGUGUGUUUUUGUUUUUGUGUGUGUGUGUGUGUGUGUGUGUGAGUGAGUGUGUGUGUGUGUGUGUGUGUGUGUGUGUGUGUGUACAAGUGCAGGAGACAAGUGUGUGAGACAGCAUUAACCCAUUCCCUAUAUUAUCAGAUCUAGAGCUCCACCUAGUGACUACAGCCUAUUCUUGCUUUUAGUUUCAUACAUUUCUGCAUACCUGCAAUCAAAUCAUUAGACCUACUAUUCAAAUCAUUAAUAAUAAUUCCAUUAAACUGUUUCACAUUUUUCUGUUCAAAAUAGAUGGCAAAACAGAAGUGCUUGUUAUUCAAUUGAACAAUGAGUUUUUUGAGUCCCUGUGUGUGUCAGUUUACAGAGAUACAUGACAGUAAUUUGACCCCCUGCUGACUGCAGUGACAGAGGAGGCAAUCUAAAGACAAACUAAUGGCACUGUCUCCUGGCAACAGCUGACCCUGAUGUUGACACCUGUGGCUUCCAUCUGCAUAAUUCCUUACCCGACCUUAGCAAGAAGAGAGAUGCAACAUCAAUGAAAAUAUAUUUCUAUUCGUUGAUUAAUUUUUUGUUAUUAAUUAAAAUAAAUAAUGGAGGGGGAAUCUGGUCCUGCGGUGUACUGUGUAAGACUUCUCAGGACGCCCUGUGUGGAUUCAGAUGGUGUGAGCAGGUGGCUGUGCAGACGCAUGAAUUUGCCCUGUGAGAGAGGUCCAGAGGGGAGGUAUGACUUUGACAGCAUGGUCAGGAAAGACAGACGGGCAUUCGCCAAGUUAAAUCCACAAGCCCAGUGGCCUGAUGUAAACGCUCCUCUGGUGCCGCUGCGUGACGAUGUGCCACUAAUAGAUCCGUGCUCUGGUCAACUGAGUGCAGGGGCACAGGUGCAUCUGGAGGCAAAGAGCAGAACCCCAUUCAUCGACAGAGUUUACACUCCGUCCGAUCUGUGGGUUCCGGUUGGAGCGAGAGACAGGCCUCAGACUCCUCCAGUCAGACCUUCAGCUGUGCAGUAUGACACAUCUGAGCACAAAAAGUGGAAUUCUAGAAUGAAAUCAGAGACAGCAUUGAGGGCAAACCUUGGAGGUUGGACAAGUGUGCAGAGUCUUAAACCCCACUCUCAGGACAGCAGUGAAAACGUGGAUCCAAGACCUUCAGUUCUCUCUGAUACUAUACAGAAGGCAGCUCAACGAUACAUCUACACUUCUACAGCACAACGAAGUUAUGAGGAUGUGGACUGGGACUCAAAGUUACCCCCUCGCCACAAACCACCCACAACUUCUCUGGAGAAAAUGGCUGACCCUGUGAGUCAGCGUUUCAUGCUGAAGAGACACCACAGCAGGCCUGAGCUAUGGCAGGCCAUUGGAUCCCACUGGAACAAACAUCAAUUGCGUGCCACAUUUAACGCAAGGAAACCCAUAAGCUUCACCAGCCCUUGCCCAAAAUCAGGCCAUAUCCCUUUAUACUGUGGCACGGUGGGCUCUGAGAAUAUGGAUAGUGUAGACAACCCUAAUGAAGACUUCAUUCCUCUGACUGUCUUGCGGACUACAGUGCCUCACCACACCCCUACAAGCUACCGAACUACUAUACCUGGCUACACUGGAAAGGCCCAGUUUGAUAGACCACAGACCUCAGCUGUUCGUUUGCCUUCUUUGCCACAUACACCACAGACAGCAGGGAGCAGCCGUGGUGCCUGGAGCUCACCAACUUAUGGACACAAGGCACCUCUGUCAAGAAUGGUCACCACUGUCCCACCGGGAAACCCCUUCCUUCAUCUUAAAGGCCCAAUACUUUCCAUGAAAUGACUGCAGAAGCACUGCAAGUAUAGAUUUCCUUAAUAGAAGAAUAAAUGGUGAAAAGUGUGGGGAAUGAAAAGCUCCUUUUUCAUGAAAUCCAAUCUGUGUUUGUGAAUAGAUCUAUAAUGA